AUGACCCCUUCUGCCAUCACCGACUCUCCUCCCCAGCGGGCAGCCCUUCCGGCAACGACAGACACGCAGCAGACCAAUCUCGCCGUCCAACCCCAAGGAAACUUCUCUGGCUAUGACCAUGUGACGUGGUGGGUUGGCAACGCAAAGCAGGCCGCGUCCUACUACACGACCCUCUUCGGCUUCAAGACGAUUGCCUAUAGGGGGCUCGAGACCGGCAGCCGCUACUUUUCCUCAUAUGUCGUGACCAACAACGAUGUCCGCUUCGUCUUCACCUCCCCCCUGCGCUCCGAGGCGUACUUCCCCGACGAUGAACCCAUCUCGUUCUCGGACCGGAAACUCCUGAAGGAGAUCCAUGCCCACCUCGAGCGACACGGCGACGCCGUCAAAGACGUGGCCUUUGAGGUCGACAACGUCGAGGGCGUCUACAACAAGGCUGUUGAGCAGGGUGCCGUGGCCGUCCAGGGCCCCACGGCCUCCAAGGAUGCCGCGCAUGGCUCCGUCACCACGGCCGUCAUCUGCACCUAUGGAGAUACUACCCAUACUCUCAUCUCCCGCCAGAACUAUACUGGCCCCUUCCUCCCGGGCUUCCGCGCCUGGACCAAGGAAAUUGGGUCGUCCAGUCUCCCGGAGGUGCCCCUGGCUCGCAUCGACCACUGCGUCGGAAACCAGGGGUGGAAUGAGAUGGUAUCGGCCUGCGCCUUCUACGAGCAGUGCCUCUCCUUCCACCGCUUCUGGUCUGUUGACGACUCGGAGAUCUGUACCGAAUUUUCGGCCCUGAGCUCCAUCGUCAUGGCCUCGCCCAACAACAUCGUCAAGAUGCCCAUCAACGAGCCGGCCCCAGGCAAGAAGAAGUCGCAGAUCGAGGAGUACGUCAUCUUCAACUCGGGGGCUGGCGUCCAGCACAUUGCCCUCCUGACGCCGGACAUCAUCACCUCGGUGACAGCCCUGCGCGCCCGCGGCGUCGAGUUCAUCAACGUCCCCACGACCUACUACGACACCAUGCGCAAGUGCCUCAAGUCGGAGCGCCGCAACUGGGAGCUCAAGGAGGAGUUCGCCACUCUCGAGCGCCUCAACAUACUCAUCGAUUACGACGAGGGCGGCUACCUCCUGCAGCUCUUCACGAAGCCGCUCAUGGACCGCCCCACCGUCUUCAUUGAGAUUAUCCAGCGCAACGACUUUGACGGCUUCGGCGCCGGCAAUUUCAAGAGUUUGUUUGAGGCGAUUGAGAGAGAACAGGCCGAGAGGGGCAACUUAUAA